UUCGCGGGCGUCGCGGGCGUCGACGGCGCGCGGCGCGAGCUCGAGGAGAUCGUCGCCGUCGUCCAGGACCCGGGCCGGUUCCGGGCCAUGGGCGCCAAGUGCCCGCGCGGCGUCCUGCUCACGGGGCCUUCCGGCACGGGCAAGACGCUCCUCGCGCGCGCGGUCGCGGACGAGGCCCAGUGCGCCUUCCUGAGCUGCUCGGCGUCGGCCUUCGUGGAGCUGCUCGUGGGCCGGGGCGCCGCGCGCGUGCGCGACCUCUUCAAGCGCGCGCGGAGCAUGGCGCCCUGCGUCGUCUUCAUCGACGAGAUCGACGCCAUCGCGAAAGCCCGGGGCCUGCUGGGCCAGAGCGACGAGCGCGAGCAGACGCUGAACCAGAUCCUCUGCGAGCUCGACGGCUUCGACGCCAAGGCCGACGACUCGGAGCUCGUCAUCCUGCUCGCGGCGACGAACCGCCCGGAGAUCCUCGACGCGGCGCUCGUGCGGCCGGGCCGCCUCGACCGCUGCGUCACCGUGCCCCUGCCCGACGAGGACGGCCGCGAGGCCAUCCUCCGCGUCCACGGCGCGACCGUCCGCCUCGACGCGGCCGCGGACCUCCGCGCCGUCGCCCGGGCGGCGACGGGGUUCUCCGGCGCGGACCUCGCGAACGCCGUCAACGAGGCCGCG